ACGGAUUCCUGAGGACGAUUCAAGCGGGCUACCCACCAUGGCAGCUGAGGAGGAGAGGGGGGUAGUUCGUGUCAAAGUAAAGAAAUGCGAAGGAAUGCUGCCGGUGGAAUUCCGGUCAUUUGCCGUUGAUCCACAGAUCACUUCACUGGAAGUACUACAGCACAUACUCAUUCGUGCUUUUGAGUUGAAUGGGAAACGUAAUUUUGGAAUAAGUUAUUUGUCCCGUGAUCGAGGAGGUGUGGAAGCGUACCUCUCACUAUUGUCUGACUGGGAUCUGGACGCAGCAUUUGUCAGUGCCGCUAAACCUUACCUACAGCUCAAGAUGGACAUUAAGCCAUCUGAAGACAGUCCUGUCUUGGAGGAUUGGGACAUUAUCAGCCCUAAGGAUGUAAUUGGUUCUGAUCAGCUCCAGGGGGAGAAGAAAUCUCUGGCAGCCGCUGCUCUUCCCUUCACCCAGUCUCUCCUGUCACAGGUUACUGAUGACGUUCUUCAACCAGUCAGCCAACUGUUUUACCAGCCAGUCUCUGCUGCUUUGAGUCAGAUGGGCCGAACACUGUCAAGGGUGCAGCAGGCUUUGAGUUGGUCAUAUGGUGAAGAAGUAAAGCCUUUCAAGCCUCCACUGAGUGACGCAGAAUUCCACAGCUACCUCAACGGCCAGGGUCAGCUGACACGUCCUGAAGAGCUGCGCCUACGUAUUUAUCACGGAGGGGUCGAACCAUCACUGCGCAAGGUAGUGUGGCGGUACCUCUUAAAUGUGUACCCCGAUGGGUUGACUGGCCAAGAGCGGAUGGACUACAUGAAAAGGAAGACCCGAGAAUACGACCAGUUAAAGUGUGAAUGGACAGCUAGAGUCAGCCCAGAGGACCUGGAGUUUAUCAGGGGCAAUGUGCUGAAGGACGUCCUUCGAACUGACCGUGCCCACCCCUAUUACGCUGGCUCAGAAGACAGUCCCCACCUCACUGCUCUGACAGACCUCCUAACCACCUUUGCCAUCACACAUCCACAGGUUUCAUACUGCCAAGGUAUGAGUGAUAUUGCGUCACCUAUCCUGGCUGUAAUGGAUAACGAAGCCCAUGCGUUCAUCUGCUUCUGUGGAAUCAUGAAACGUUUGGAAGGCAACUUCCGCCCCGAUGGCCAACUCAUGUCCAUCAAAUUUCAGCACCUCAAGCUUCUCCUACAAUAUUCAGACCCCGAAUUUUAUGCCUAUUUGGUUUCUCGGGGGGCUGAUGACCUUUUCUUCUGUUACCGCUGGUUACUUCUCGAGCUCAAGCGAGAAUUUGCCUUUGACGAUGCCUUGAGGAUGCUGGAGGUCACCUGGAGCUCUCUGCCCCCAGAUCCUCCUGAGACUGAGGUAGAGUUACUCGGACCCCCUCUUGAGACGGAGCAGACCUCCAAAUCUGUAAAUGGACAUGGGAUGGCAGACAAUGAUGGAACAGACGGGGAGCAAAAGGAAAGACAGAGGAGACGCCAUAUGCUGAGGCCUUCACGAGAAGAGGCUGAUGGUGGAAGGAAGCUCGACAUCGAGGAAGAACAGAGAGAUGAGAAAGAGCCCAGGAGGGAAUGUGAAAGGGAAAGUGGGAUGGAUUACGAAGCUAAGAGUGAUACCAGUAUCCCUGCACCUCCUUUUGAGAAGCAAGCCAGUUUUGGGGAAUUCAAAUACUACAGUGCCCGUAAUGAUGAUAGCUUUGACUUGGAAGAGAAAGACACCACAGGUUCCCCUAUAGAGUUUCAGCCCUCACACCCCACUUUGUCUCUUGCUGUAAGGCAGUCCACUGAAGAGAGUGAAGAUGACCCUGGAGAGAGGGAGCCACUCAUCAGCAGUAACGAAAAGUCCUCAUCCACUGAGACUGAAGAGCGAAGCUCCCCCAAUGGGCACACAGCUUCUCUGUCAUCGCCAGUCCAGCAAUGUGUGCCAGAUUGGAAAAAUGGCUCAUCUCAGGUAGCGUCACCUCCACAGUCUAACUGGAGAACAGGAUCCCCUGAUGGGCCACCGAUGAAAUGUGUUGCCUCCAUGUUUACUGGCGGAGGUGCAACAUCACCAGAUAAAGCUCCUGGCAGAUUUCCCCCCUCUUCCUCAGUGUCUAACGGAACAGGUGCUAACUCCCCAUCUAGCCCGACAGGGAAGUCCAAUCUGUCAUCUCCAUCACUUUCCUACUCUCAGAACCGCUCUCUGCUCUCUUCCCCAGUUUUGUCCUUUGGAAAAGCUCCAUCUUUGCCUAAGCCCUUUUCCAGCAAUCUUCCCUCACCAUGCAAACCUCCAAGCACCACUAUGAACUCACCAAAUACAAACAAACCAGAGACUAGCACUGUCAAACCAUGUUCACUACCCCCUCCUCAGGAGUUUGGGAAGGGCAAUCCCUUCAUGUUGUUCCUGUGUUUGUCCAUCUUGCUGGAACACCGUGAUCACAUAAUUAAGAACAGUUUAGAUUAUAAUGAACUAGCCAUGCACUUUGAUCGGCUGGUUCGCCGGCACAACCUUGGUCGUAUUUUGCAGCGUGCCAAGGCCCUCUUUGCAGACUAUCUGCAAAGUGAGGUUUGGGACUCUGAGGAGGGUGACGAGGUCAGUUUGGACUCUCCCACCCCAGCUGUGGCAUCACCCCAAACCCCCCCUAACCGGGCCACAUUUCCCAAUUUGCAGUCCACUCCGGCCACCUCCCCCAACUCAACCUACAACCUUGCAACUACGAUUCCCUCCCCUACAUCACCAACUGGUCCGCCUCCAUCAUCCUCCUGAUUUAUUUUGAUGUCAUUUCGAGAAAGCUGUUCCCUCCA